AUGUCCACGCGAGAAGCAGAACGCCACUCAGCGGCGGAGGAAACCCUGAACACUCUCCACGACAUCUCGCAGCUGCUCAACACGGGUCUUGACAAGGAGACGCUUGCGACUUGCGUUGGCCUGAUCGAAAGCGGCGUUAACCCCGAGGCUCUGGCGGCGGUGGUGCAAGAGCUCAGACGCGAGAGCGCUGCCACGAAGAACACCCGGGCGACGAAUGGUCGAUGA